CUGUUCCCAAAAUGUGUUUUAUUUCUUUUGAUGACUGUCAACAAGUAUCAUAAGUUUGCAAUUAAUUGGAUUACAAAUAACUGAAAAACAAAUUAUCACUGCAAUUGAACGUAUAGUUCAUGAGAUAUGACGAUGUGUGUGUUAAAAUACAACUUCCGUUCAAACCGGAAGUAGAGGUCACAUGAGGUCAAGUUAUCAAUUUUCAUCUGUAACACGUCCCUGACUAUGUGCAUACCAAAUUUGAGUAAAAUCAGUCAAAUAGUUUACUACUUAUUAGACUGUAAAGAAUGAACAUUUGAAUGGAGGUCAUGUGACCCCUAAUGACGUCACGAUUACAAAAAGUUUCGCGGCACAUCUUUUGAUGAUGGUUAAUUACUAUACCAAGUUUGAAAUCGAUCAGACUUAAAAUAAUUGCCAAAGUGCCUUGCAGAAAAAAAAGUGGAUAAAGAAAAGGAAAAAAAUUUAACGUUUACAAAAGUUGUUCCCAAUUGAGAUUGGGAACAGCUAAUUCUUAGUUUCACUUUGCCUCCAGAAUACUUCAUAUAUUAUGUGUAGAGUUGUUGAAGCCUUUGAUGUGAGUAAAAAACUCACAUUACCAUCGACUGAAACUCAAUGGACAAUCCUACAGAACUGUUUUAGUAUCCCUUUAAACCAAACAAAUUAUCGAGUGACAUCAAUGUGUACAUUGUGAUAAAAGUUACCCUGGAAAUGUAUAGUUGACCGGGCAAGCAUCAUAAAAGUCAUUCUGCCUUUUAUCAUUAGCUUGUCAAUAGUGGCAAUUAAGUUGUGGGUAGGAGAUUGUCCUGCAAUUUAUGAAUGGCAUAGUGUUUUCAAUCAAGAAGUGUCCUUGACUGCUCCGGCCACAAAUAAAGGUUUCCUUUUUUUCUCCCCUUUUCGAAACGCGUUUCUAGCUCCUACUAGCUCCUACUGGUUGUAAAGUGGAUGACAGCCAACGGGAAGGGUGUGAUUUGUGUGUUUAUUCCUCUGAGUGCACAGGUUACUUGAGUGGCUGGAUGGUGUGGAACGUUGUUGAGGGUGACUGUGGGGGCAGGGUUAAUCGUUAGUUGCGUUGACUGAGGGGCAGAAGUCUGUGGUUAGGUGAGAGGAUAUUACCGGGAAGGAGCGAAGUCUGACAAGGAGAUGAGUUUCUUGGCCAAGAAAUUUCGGAAAGGGAGCAAGAAAGUGGAGGAAGGGGCAGAUGCCGCUCAAGUGAAUCCAGUACUGCAGCACAUGCAAAAUGGAACCAAAUUCAUCAAGAUCAGAGAGAAUGGCUCCAAAACCUACAGCCGUUCUUUUGCCCUGAGUGAGGAUGGGCUUACCCUCGAGUACCAUCCUAGCAAGAAGACAUCAUCCCGAUCAAAGAUCCCUGUUCAGGACAUUCAUGAAGUGCGCUCAGGCCAUGAGACAGACACCUUCAAGAACAACAAAGUCAAGACCAAGUACAGCUCGGAUCUGUGUCUGGCGCUCAUCGUUGGGGCGGAGAACCACACCAUCAACCUGGUCGCCCCGACAAAGGAGGAUGCUCGCAUGUGGGCCCAGGGACUCCGAUGGGCCCAGAAGAAGGCCCAGAACCUCAACAUCAAAGACAAACAGGCCGCCUGGAUCCGGGAAACCUUUGAGAAGGCUGACAGGAACCAAGAUGGCUCUGUGGACUUUGAGGAGUGUAUGAAACUCCUUAAGAAGAUGAACGUCAAGAUGGAUAAGAAUCAUGCCAAGAAACUCUUUGAGACUGCUGAUGUACAUACACAUCAGGAUGCUAAAGGGAAGACCGUCACCAAAGCUUUGGAUGCAGAAGAGUUCAUCAGUUUCUACCAGAUGGUCACACGCAGACCAGAACUUGUCAAAGUCUUUCAAGAGUACUCGGGUGAAGAUGAUUACUGGACCUUGCAGGAGUUUGUGGAGUUCAUGCAUGAAGAGAUGAAGCGGCUUCAAGUCAAGCCACAAUGGUGCAAAGAGAUUAUCCAGAAAUAUGAGCCGUCAGAGGAAUGCAAGAAACGUGACAUUCUCAGCUUUGAUGGGUUCCAGUUGUUCAUGAAGGGCCCCAACGGUUUGCUCUUCAACCCGUUUCACUCCACCAUCUAUCAAGAUAUGAAGCAGCCCUUGUGUCACUAUUUCAUCAACUCUUCGCACAACACCUAUUUGAUGAAAGACCAGUUGCGAGGACCUAGCAGUACCGAGGCCUAUGUCCGAGCCUUGCAAAGAGGCUGCAGAUGCGUUGAGUUGGAUUGCUGGGAUGGCUCAGACAAAGAGCCGGUUGUUUAUCACGGUCACACCCUCACCUCCAAGAUCAAGUUCAAGGAUGCAAUUGAAGCCAUAGAGAAAUAUGCCUUUGCCACCUCAGAAUACCCACUGAUUUUGUCGCUGGAGAACCAUUGUAGCAUCGAACAACAGAAGGUCAUGGCUCAUCACCUCAAGACAACAUUUGGCAACAAGAUUUACAUGACAGACAUCACCCCUGAUCAAAAGGUUCUUCCUUCUCCAGAGGAUCUGAAAGGGAGGGUUCUUGUCAAGAACAAAAAGCUGCCCCCUCCUGUGGAGUCUUCCCAGGAAGAUGACGGAGACGUGAGUGACGAGGACGAAGCUGCCGAGCUGGAAUCCAACGACCCCGACUUCCAAGCCGAAGUGGCCAAGAAGGAGAAGAAGAGUUCGAAGAAAGAGGGACAGGCUAAGCUGAAACUUGCCAGGGAGAUCUCCAACUUGGUCAAUGUCUGCAAAAGUGUCCAUUUCAAAAGUUUUCCGCAUUCAAAGGAAAACCACAAGUGCAAUGAGAUGGUUUCCCUUGGGGAGAGCAAGGCCUUUGACCUCGCAAAGAACAGUGGGCAGGAGAUGGUCGAGCAUAACACUCGCUUCCUGACCAGGAUUUACCCUGCCGGCCGGCGGACAAAUUCCUCCAAUUACAACCCCAUGAAGAUGUGGACAGUGGGCUCACAGAUAGUUGCCCUCAACUUCCAGACAGCAGGAGACGAGAUGGACCUGAACUUAGGAAAGUUCCAACAGAACGGCAACUGUGGCUUCAUUCUGAAACCGGUCUUUCUUCGCAAAGCUAACAUGCAGUUCAACCCAGACAGCCCAGGUGACCAGUACACCCAGAAACUGACACUGAGGAUCAUCAGUGGUCAGCAGCUGCCAAAACCAUCCCGUGAGGUCAUUGACCCCUACGUCAAGGUCACCGUCCUGGAUGUGAAUGCUGAGUACGAGGCCAAGACUAACACGGUGGAAGACAACGGCUUCAACCCGGAGUGGAACCACACCAUGGAGUUUGAAAUCAAGUCGCCUGAACUCGCCAUGCUGCGAUUUGUUGUCUAUGAUCAGGACCGACUGAAGGAUGAUUUCAUUGCCCAGUACACCAUUCCAAUCGCUAGCAUCCAACUAGGUUAUCACCAUGUCCCUCUGUUCUCCCAGGAGGGAGAUGAUCUGGAUCCGGCUACGCUGUUUGUCCACACACUCAUGUCAUCGCCGUAGACUGACCCUGGUUAGCGGAACAAGUUAGCAGGAAGUGAACUGGGGUUACAGGGUUGAACUUAGACAUCUAUUACAGGUUUUUAUCCCGAGUAUAAUCAUAAGCAAUUUGGUCACACUGCCCAGACUGGCGAUCUGUGUUUCAGAAGGUUUUUUGUUUUUGUUUUUGUUUAUUUAUUUAUUUAUUUUUUUGUUAAUCUGAACAAUACCACGAUUGGAAUGUCACAACAGAAGUGAUGUCCACUUUUACGGUGCACAGACUGAUGAAGCAUGUAUGCGCAAACACUCUUGUUAUCCGUGUUCAGUUUUAGGCAUCUGCAUACAAGCAUUAGAAAUUCCAAGAGAAAGAUUGAACAAACACGUAACUGGUCUCACUUUUGCUUUUGUGAAUGGGAAAUGUCCAGUUUAGGUGUUGCUUAGAUCUUUGUGGUUUGUCAUUGUUUUUAACCAGUUGCAACUGGUAGUCUAAAAUUUAACCAGGGUUAAAGUAUUGUUUCAGGAAGUCUUAUGUGUUUCUGGUUGUCCCUCUGUUGAAAUGACCUGAAGAAGUUUUAACACUUUUUAUAAAACUAGUUUUAGGACUUUUUGGUGGUUUUUAGUGAAGCAUUGUGAAAAGAGCAAUUACUGCAAAACACAACAAAUGGCAGAGGCCAGUCUGGUAAUGGAAUAAAGUUAGGGUUUUUGGUGUUUUUAUAAUAAACAAAUGAUAUUUGUAUUAAUCGAAACGAAACAUUGAAGAUUUUUAAAGGAGUAAGGUUCCUAUGACAAUUUGUAAUCGUUAUAUUUUCUUCUCUUUUUAAGAACAAAAAUCAGGUGAAAUACGGAACUACUUGUAAGCAGCAUUUUUUUAUUACACAUUCCAUCACAAUAGAAAAUGUUAUUUUCUUAAGAAAUAAUUGUUGAGUGUCCUGUUACAUGUUUUUACACGUACAUGCAUGUGGGCAUGAUGAUUUGAAAAGUAUGUUAGCCUGUGUCCAAAAGA